AUGGCAUUAAUCAAUCGAAAUUGAGAAUCAUAAAAAACGUAUACAAUGUCAUCAUCAACAACGACAGAAUCGGAUUCAACAUCUCUACCUUCUUCUCGCGUCGGUAGAGCAAAUUCCGACGGAAUCAUCGACACUACACCAUUUCUUCUUCCCACUGUUACAAGAACCAUAAGCGUAGAUGAAGAAUCAAAUCCAAUUCAUCGAUCCGCUAGACGACAAGGUCUAAGAGAAGCAGCGAGGUUCCUCCGUCACGCUGGUAGCCGGAGAAUGAUGCGUGAACCAUCGAUGCUCGUUAGAGAAACCGCUGCUGAGCAAUUGGAAGAGAGACAAAGUGAUUGGGCGUAUUCUAAACCUGUGGUGUUUCUUGACAUUUUGUGGAAUCUAGCUUUUGUUGCGAUCGGUGUUGCUGUUUUGAUUCUUAGCCGUGACGAGAAGCCUAAUAUGCCGUUGAGAGUUUGGGUUGUUGGUUAUGGGAUUCAGUGUUGGUUACAUAUGGCUUGUGUUUGUGUUGAGUAUAGGCGGAGGAGAAGGCGACGUCACCGAUCUUCGUCGGAGGAUGGUGGUGGUCCUGGGUUUACGAAUUCUUCGCAGCAGCAAUAUGUUUCGUUAGCGCAAUUGGAGGAUAGAGGAGAGACUAGUUCAAGCUUGAUGUGGAACAUUGUUGCAAUUGAUCUUGUUACAGAGUUAGAUAGUUUAGGAGGCCAAACACUAUCUGGUGACUCUCCUCAGCUCUAUUGGCUGUGUAUCAUUUUUCUCGGUUUCGAUGUUUUCUUUGUUGUGUUCUGUGUUGCACUGGCUUGUGUUAUCGGCCUUGCUGUUUGCUGUUGUCUUCCAUGUAUAAUUGCAAUUCUAUAUGCUGUUGCCGACCAGGAGGGAGCAUCGAAGAACGACAUAGAUCAAAUGCCGAAAUUCAGAUUUACCAAAAUUGGCAAUGAUGAAAAGCUCUCAGGCAAAGCACGGGGAAUAAUGACAGAAUGUGGAACAGAUUCACCUAUUGAACGCUCACUUUCUCCAGAAGACGCGGAAUGCUGCAUUUGUCUCUGUGAAUAUGAAGAUGGAGUUGAACUAAGAGAACUCCCUUGUAACCAUCACUUUCAUUGCGCUUGCAUCGAUAAAUGGCUUCACAUAAACUCUCGAUGCCCGCUCUGCAAGUUUAACAUCUUGAAGAACGCAAACGAACGUUACCGGAACGAUCGCCGCAAGCUCAUGGAGUUUCUUAUGUCGUCGGGUUUGGUAAAGGAGCUUCGUUCCCCUUCUGGUUCUUCUACUUCUCUUUCUCCCGCUGAUUUGGAUGCUCUCAGCGCCGAUUAUGUUUUGGAUUGCGUGAAAUCCGGUGGUGUAGUUGAUGUAUCCAAGGGCACAGAGAAAUACAAUUUUGAGUCAUCAUACCCUGUAACAAUACACUCUGAGUCUAGAGAUUCCUUUUUUCUUGUAUCGAGUCCAGAUAUAGCAGGUUCUCCUCCUCAUCGUAUGCCUCCUCCUCCAGUUAACAUGGAAAAAUCCAGUAACAAUGGCCCAGACAUGUCAUGCCACAUAGAUUCUUCUAAUACUUCUUCAUCUAGAGACAACUAUGUAUUUAAAGAGGAAACACCUGACAUCAAACCCGUGAAACCUAUCAAAAUCAUUCCUCUUGGCUUGCCACCCUUGAGAACAGGGUUAUCGGAUGAUGAUUUACGAGAAGCAGCAUAUGAAUUAAUGAUUGCUUCUAUGUUGCUUUCAAGUGUUGAGGCGUAUCCUACUCAGAGAAGAAAAAUAGAAAAAAGCUCAAGACUAAUGUUAAGUUUGAAAAGAAAAGAUAAACCACAUCUACAGCCUCAGAUCUCUAAUACACACUCAGAGGUCAUCAACAUGAUCCGUGUCCAGAUGCAGAUUUCAUCAAAGAUGGAUACAUGCAUACGGAGAAAUCUGGUACAGUUGGCUACAUUAAGGACAGGUGAACAAAUUGAUCUUCCACAGUUAGCAUUGGGGCUUUUGGUUGGAAUAUUCAAAUCAGAUUUUCCUAAUGAAAAACUCUACAUGAAGUGGAAGACUAGACAGGCUAACCUACUUGAAGAAGUCCUCUGUUUCUCACCUAGUCUGGAGAAAAAUGAACGAGCAACUAUGAGAAAAUGCCUUGCAACGAUUAGAGACUCAAAGGAAUGGGAUGUUGUAGUGUCUGCUUCGCUACGGAUUGAGGUUCUAUCGUCUAUAAAGCAGGUCGCUUCAAAGUUGUCAUCACUACCAGGCCGUUGUGGUAUUGAAGAAGAAACUUAUUACUGGACUGCUAUCUACCAUUUGAACAUUAGACUCUAUGAGAAAUUAUUAUUUGGUGUAUUUGAUACUCUUGAUGAGGGUCAAGUCAUAGAGGAUGCCUCAUCAAUGCUUUUCCAUAUGAAAUCAAUUUGGUCGACAUUGGGCAUAACUGAGAAUCUACAUAAUGCAAUAUAUGGAUGGGUUCUUUUUCAACAGUUUGUGUGCACAGGUGAACCAUCUCUUCUAGGGAGCGCAAUUCAGGAGUUGCAGAAAGUUACUUCCGCUGAAAGUGGCAACUCGAAGGAAGAUUUUUAUUUAAGUCAUCUAGUAUGUUCAAGGCAAACCAUUGGAACUGACAUACACUUAGGUCUCGUGAAGGCUAUUUUCACUUCAGUUAGUGCUUGGUGUGAUGAUAAACUUCAGGACUACCAUCUACACUUUGGUAAGAAACCUCGUGAUUUUGGAAUGCUUGUCAAAUUGGCAUCAACAGUUGGACUUCCUCCAGCUGACAGUACCAGAACUGAGCUUAUCAAGCUGGAUACCUUGGGUGAUGAUGUUAGUGAUAAGAUACAAUCCUAUGUUCAGAACUCUAUCAAAGGUGCAUGUGCCAGGGCUGCACAUUUUGCUUACGUGAAAUCUCAUGGUGAGCGUACGCAUGCUCUAGCUCUGCUUGCAAAUGAACUGAGCGUCAUCGCAAAAGCAGAAAUCAAUGAGUUUGUCCCAGUAUUCUCCAAAUGGUUACCCGAAUGUAUGAUGAUCUCGGCCAUGCUGCUACAUCGGUUUUAUGGAGAAAGACUGACGCCUUUCCUUGAAGGAGUUUCAUCCCUCUCUGGUGAUGUUAGAAAAGUAGUCCCUGCUUCUUAUAUUUUACAGGAAGAGUUAACUCAACUGUAUAAUUGCCAUAGCAAAUCCAAGUUGCGCAAACCUUACCUUCACAAGUUGAAGAAUUACGAGAUAGAAAAGGUUGUCAAACCAGUAAUGCUGGACUGGCUUAUAUCUCAACAUGAUCAUAUCUUACAAUGGACUAGGCGAGCUUUUGAAAUUGAGGAGUGGGAGCCUCUAUCAGUUCAGCAAAGACAUGCUGCAUCAAUCGUUGAAAUAUUCAGGAUCAUAGAAGAGACUGUGUCUCAGUUAUUUGGUUUGCAUCUACCUGUUGAUAUCACACAUCUCCAAGCUCUUCUCUCAUUAAUUUACCAUAGCUUGGAUACUUAUCUUCAGAGAGUUUUCGAUCAACUAGUUGACAAGAAGUUUCUGUAUCCGUCAGCUCCUCCUUUAACUCGAUUCACAGAAAAUGUAAUGCCAGUAAUGAAGAGGAAGUCGCUCGAGUUUAGUGAGCCAGAUAAUAAAAUAGUUAAGAAAUUGGAUGAACUGACAAUACCGAAACUCUGCAUAAUAUUGAAUACACUCUGUUAUAUCCAGAAACAAAUCAGUGCAACAGAAGUAGGCAUAAGGAAAUCUUUGACACUUGUUGAAGCCUCUCUCAACAAGAGAUCAGAAAUCGAGACUGAUGAAGUUGAAGUGGAGAAUUCUUUGACGCAUAGUGAAGCUGUUGAUGAGCUCUUUGCUACCACCUAUGACAGCCUCAGGGACACCAAUGCCAAUUGCAUAACCAAAACCCGUGACCUAAUUGGGGCAAGAGCGAUUUUCUGGGAUCUGAGAGACAUGUUCCUAAUACAGUUGUACAAUGGCACAGUCGAAGGCGCCCGUCUGGAAAGAAUACUCCCUCACAUUGAUUCUGUCCUUGAUACUGUAUGCAGUUUGAGUUAUGAGGACUCACGGGAUAUGGUGGUUUUAAGCAUCUGCCGAUCCGCUCUGGAAGCUUAUGUUCGAGUGCUACUUGAUGGAGGGCCAACCCGUGCAUUUUCGGAUUCAGACAUCACCUUGAUGGAAGAGGAUCUCGGUAUUUUGAAAGAAUUCUUCAUUGCCGACGGAGAGGGUCUUCCUCGUUCACUAGUUGAGCAAGAAGCAAAACAGGCGAAAGAGAUCCUCGACUUGUUCUCUCUCGAGAGCGAUAUGCUUAUUCAGAUGCUAAUGACUGCGAGCGAGCUCAUCAACAUGGGAGUGAGUUCAGAGCAGCGGCGCUUGGAGGAUGCACAAACUCUUGUUAGAGUUCUUUGCCACAAGAAAGACCGUAACGCCUCCAAGUUCUUAAAGCGCCAGUACGAGCUUCCUAUGUCAUCAGAGUAUGAAGAUGUAACAUCGAAUCUGCCUGCUUUAUCCGAAAUCGUGAGAAGCACAUCCACCCACUGGAGUACAACAAGCCAGAAUAGUUUCAGUUCCAUCAAGAAGAAGAUUCAGGAGGCAACAUCUGAAAUCAGGAACAACUCAGGAUGGUAGAACCUGUGUUUUUAGAUACCUUUGUACCCUAACUCAAUGAACCUUUGUUCUCAGA